AUGAUGAACCGUUUCCUUAGCUCGCGUUCCACAAUUGCCCGUGGACUCAACUCUGUCAACUCCGUGCGUAACUUUUCCGCCACCACUCUUCGAGCAGACGUUGCUCGAUUUACCGCAGUUGGCAGAAUUGGUGCUGACCUAGAGAAGCAAAAGGCUGCCUCAUCUGAGACCGAGUAUCUUCGUUAUCCAUUGGCUGUUGGUAACAACAAGGGUGAAACCUCUUGGUUUAAUAUUGUUGUAUUUGACAACCGUGCUAUUGAUUUCAUGACCAAGUACCUCCACAAAGGCUCCACUGUGUUUGUCGAGGCUGAUGCUUCUAUCCAUAGUUUCACUGGUGAAAAUGGUGAGGUCAGACAAAAUCUUCAGUUGAUCCAACAAUCUGUGAGCCCUGUAUCAGUUAAAAAGAGGGAGACCGUAGAAGAGUAA